AUGGCCGUACCACCAGCGCCGUUUGCUCGCGGACGCGCGCAGCCGCAUCGCGCAACACCAGGCCUGGCGCGAUCAAGUCGCUUCGUCUGGUCUGCAGCUUUGCUCUUGGGGGCUCCAUUGGUGACCGCCGCGCAUAGCUUCCCCUAUGUUCCCACCCAGAUUCUCACGCCUGAUGCGUGCUUCAACCAGAGCGCGUGCCAUGCCCCAGACAUCGCUUACAUCUUCACUCAGGAUAGCGACGACAAUGUGCAGUUCCUGUCGCUGAACAUUUCGAGCACGGUUGGAACGAACACCAAGCUAAACCCCGUUACGACGAGCCUGCCCUUUGUGGGCGGAGACAAUCCGAAGAAUACGGCAUUUGGCGCAGUAAGAACGGAAGAAGGCGCUGUGCUGAUAUAUGCAGGAGAAUGUGACCAAGGGCCAGGAAACGUGUGGACGUAUGGAGAGGGAGCGGCUGCCGGGGGUAGCGGCGACGCGGCCUGGGUGAAGCACGCGACAACGUUGGGCAAAUCGCAAAAGAGCACAUCGUCAAGGGGGCCGUACUUUCUCGGGGGAACAAUUGCCUUUUCCGGGACACUGGCUCCCCUGUUGGACGAACCGACAAUAUACUCCUAUGGCGGCAUGUGUGAUACGCCGUCGGAUAGCUCGAAGAAUUGGCAAUCUGCGGCGAAUUACACCACAGGCAUGAUGAGUCUCUCUCCAGCUGACAACAGCCCUUCGUCCAAGUCGUAUGCUCAAGUCACUGCCUCAAACUCUGGGCCUAAGACGCCCAUUGCCGGCUUCAGUCUCACCGCGCUGCAAAGUUCGAUGAGCAACAACUCUGGAACGGUCACACAGCAGACCGCGUACGUCAUCAUCGGCGGUCAUACCAAGCAAGCCUUCAUCAACAUGAGUACCUCUGCUGUGUGGAAUCUCCCCGAGGAGUCAUGGUCAUACGUCAACGUCCAGCAAUCGACCGACAACAGUCCCGAUGGCGUAGAGAGUCGAUCCGGCCAUACAGCCACUCUAAGCCAGGACGGGCGUUCCAUCAUCGUGUUGGGAGGUUGGGUUGGCGAUGUGACAAAUGCAGCGGAGCCACAGCUCGCCAUUUUGGAAAUGGGCCAGGCAUACGAUUCAUGGAGAUGGACCAUUCCCAAGCAACAGCCGGAUUUUGGAGACUCUGGCAUCUAUGGACACGGCGCGGCUAUACUGCCGGGAAAUGUGAUGAUGGUGUACGGAGGUUGGCAGAUUAGCGAUUCGGACUCGUCAAGCAAGAUGAAACGACAAACCGGCGUCACCACAGCGCCGCAAUUCUUGAAUUUGACUGAUUUGACCUGGGCGACGACCUACAACAAUCCUACCCCCGCCGAGGCCGACGGCAAAAGCCCCCAUGCCUCCCCUACCUCGGCUGCUAGUUCGUCUGACGAUUCAUCCAAGGCUAAAAUUCUGGGAUUAAGCAUUGGGUUUGGAAUUGGUGGCGGCCUGGUUCUCCUUGUUUUGGUCCUGGUCAUGUUUUUCUGCUGGCGUAAGAGGCAGAGGAGGCGAGCGGCUCGUGAGGAGACAAUCAGGGGCAUGGCCCAGGAUGCCAGCAUGUUUAUCCACGACUCUGUUGACAUGACUGAGCGACCAGAUGCUUUCCCCUGGGGUUAUCGCAGCUGGUACAAUAACGGGCAGGAUCCAUAUAGCAGUAGUGGAGAUGAUCGAUCAUUGGGGUACGAGAGCCUACGCGGCUCAUAUGGCGGCUAUGCUCCUGUCGUACCAGGUGUUGCGAGGAAGCCAGUGUCUAGACAGAUUCGUGGCGGUUACAUACCGGCGAAUCAGCUGAACAGCUUUGUAUCUACUCCGGGUCAAAUCCACCCUAUCAUGGAGGAUGAGGAGGAAGACUUGGCUUAUCAGCGAGUCAACCCGGUCGAAGCCACCACACCGACGUCAGACGCAUAUUCCGAUCCAUUCCUGACGCCGACAGUUGCCAUUGCCUCAGGGGGUCUGCCAGUGUUCCAACCUCCGCCCCCUGGCCAAAGCACGGCUGGUCCAAGCACAGAUAGCCCCUUUCACCACGAUCCGGAUGUGCAAGAUUGGGUGUCUGAUGUCGACGCGGCGGACGCAAUGCUGGCCAGGUACAAUAGUACUCGAGCACAGGGCCGUAAUUCUCCCACACGGCGAAACUCCCAACGCUCAUCCGGCGCACGAGAAGAUGAUCUCCGUACGGAAUCGGCCCUAUCAGAAUCAAAUCGCAGUGCGGGAGAUGGUCUAGGUCGAUCCAGCUCCGGCCGAUGGUCCGCUAUUGUUACUGGGGGCCUCUUUGGUGGUUCAUCGGCACCGACCACAGAGCCGGGCAAGCCUGGUAGCUCCUCUUCCAGCAGCUACAACACGGCGAAAUCAGGAUUCGGCGCGCUGCAGGCAGAGGGUCCCAAUCUGCUGCUCGGCAGAUCAAGUCCAUACGAAGAUGACGAGUUGCCCAGCUCGCCGUCGAAAUCGAAGCCUCCUCGACGAAGUUGGCUUGGUUCACUGCGACGUGUCUUUUCCGGAUCAGAAUCUACUUCGGGAGACUUGUCUGUUAGAGAUAGGUCUCCUCAGCGAGAGAUAUCGACAGACAUGCUAAGCCACGAUUACGAACCCCCACUUGCAGCUCUUGGCAGUGAGCUUCUUCGAAGAAAGCAGGGGCGCCAAGACUGGGAAAGUGGUGAGGGCAGCGGUGCUCAAGAAAAUGAAUGGGAUAUUGAAAGAGCCGUGGAGAACCGCCUUGUACAAGUCAUGUUCACUGUACCCAAGGAGCGUCUUCGUGUUGUGAAUGCUGACGAUCUUGACGAUGGGACGAGUACCGAUGAAAGGCAACCUCUUCAUAUGCCACAGACGGCGGAGCUUGUUGACAUGGAUAAACGGUUAUCGAUGGCUACCCCUUCGCUUCGCAGCGGCAGCAAGCUCAGCUCUCAUCACGAUGACGAGGGCGGAGGUGUGCCUGUAGACCAAGGCGAUCGUGACGACGGCUUCUUGAGAAUCAACCAGGAUGAUUAUGAAGAUAGGAGCGAAGGAAGUGAGAGGGGCGAAAUGAUUGAAAGACCGCUUUCAGUGGUGACGGACAUGUCGAGACCGCUCUCAGUAGCGACGGAUGUCUCGUUUGCAAGAUCGGCGAGCGUUUAUACUGCGGAAGCCAUGACGUUUGAGCGUCCCAAGACGAGAGUGCUGCAAAUGGUGGACCGCAUCGAGAGCCAGAGCAAUAGUCCUACCAAGGAAGCGAGUCCGUCAAUCAGCAGGUCAGGCACACCGGGCAUACGGAGCGUUAAGAGUAAGAAAUCUUUGCGAAGUGAGGAUCUCAGACGGCAAUAA